CAAGGGCUCCAACCCUUUGCAUUUGAAUUUGAAACCCGAAAAUAAGAAAAACCAAAACAAAUUUAUUAGUAUUUGUUCAGAGAACUACAUUCCGCUUUCUUCUGUAGCUUUACCGGUGAAGUAACGCUACUUAACGGCGCGCUCUUCCUGCAAAUUCAAAUUCUCAUCCCUCCACAUCUAAUUGCUUAUUCAUUUCCCUUUUCCCCCUACCCCCACCCCCCUAACCCCCAGUUGAAAAAAAAAACACUUCUUCUCUCAUGGCUUUGAAACCCUAGACCAACCAAAUUCAAAUUUUCAAGAUAUCUACUCGUAGUUACUCUUUCUCUUGGUCUUUGUAUGUUUAAGCAAUUCAGAUUUACAGUUUUGAAUUUGAAUUUUGUGGGUUGUUGAAUUUAGGUGAAAUUCUUCGACCUAAAUUGAAAAAAGUUUUAUUUAGUCAAUUAUGGAAGAAGAUUGUGGGGUUUCUGAUCAGUCUAUUGGGAUAACUGGAUCUGGGACUGGGAUAAAGGUCAUUGCUGGGGAGAAGAGGGGCCGUGUGGGAGUUGAAGAAAGAACAGGACUUUGUCACAAAAGAGUGAAAAUGAGGGAUCUUGAAUCUGUUCUGCGUACAGAAGAAAAAACUGAAAUGGGCACCGGUAAUCUGGUCACUGAUCCUGCACUUAGAUUGAUUGAUCUGAAUGCAAAUGCUGUUGCUUCUAGCAAUGCGAUUGCAUCACAUGUUGAAGAAACCAACAAACUGGCCUCUCUGGGGAAGAAAGACAAUGGUCAAGAGGGGGACCCUAUGAAGUCAAAAGGGUUUGCUUUAGAUCUGAAUGCAGAAGAUGUUUCUAGCUCUAUUAAUCAUGAAUCUUCAUAUCCGUGCAAGAACUCUGUGUACUUGAAAUCAAAGGAUGAUUUUGAGUGUGCAAGUUCGGUUGGUCCAUUGGACGAGAAUGAGUCGAUGAGAAUCUGGAAUGAGAUGAAACAAAAUGGUUUUCUUUCACAUACUCACGGAGGUCCACCCAUGCCAAAGCAGCAAGGGAGGAAAAGUAAAAGUGAUGGGAUGAAGAAAAAGUUAGAGCUUGCGAAGAAAGAACGAGUUGACAGGUUUGCAAAGAUUGCUGCACCGAGUGGGUUGCUCAACGGGUUAAACCCAGGGAUCAUAAACCAUGUCAGGAACAGUAAGCAAGUUCAUUCCAUUAUAGAAGCCCUAGUAAAAUCUGAAAAGCGUGAAAAUGCCCAUGGUAGGAGCAAGGUUCCUUCCAUCCAAACAAAGGGGGGAUUGAAAGACCAUAGUGAAAGAAACAAAGACCAGGAAAAUAUAGAUGGUCCAGGAGUGAGCAGAUUCAACCCUGUUCUUGAAGAUCUGCCAGGAAGCAGGUGUACAAAUGGUUACCUAACAUCACUGAAUAAAUCAAUCUCUUUGAACUCAGUGUUUACAGGAGGAGAUGGAGGUUCAUGCAUGGUUGACACCAGGGUUACUGGAAAGAUGGUUUAUCAUCCAAACCCUAAUAUAGGCACUGAGAAUGAUGCACUUGCACUGAAAUUGUCAUCAUCCACAACCAUUGCAUCAGAUAAUACGAGCUCAUUAUCUAAUGAGGAAUCAGCAAACCUAGCAAGUGUUAAUUCACUUUCUAUCAAAGCUGCUAACGUAGCUUCACAAUGGUUGGAAUUGCUUCAUCAAGACAUUAAAGGACGUCUUGCAGCACUGCGGCGUAGUAAAAAAAGAGUCCGGGCUGUAAUUCAAACAGAAUUCCCUUGCUUAUUUUCCAGAGAAUUCUCAUCUAAUCAAGAGAACAGCUCAUAUGGUACACAAAGCUCUUCUGUUGGUCAUUUUGACAAUGCUACUGCUCAUGCACAUCGUGCUAGAUGGACAGCAUUGUUUGAUCAGAUGGACGGAGCUCUUUCAGAUGAAGAAAGGCAACUGGAAAGUUGGCUGAACCAAGUAAGGCAAAUGCAGCUGCAAUGUGAACAGGGUCUUCAGAAAUUUGGUGCACCGCAUGGUUUGCAUCAGUUGGGGCUAUUGCAAAAUGACUGCAGACUAGAGAAAGCCGAGAGCUCUGAAACGGAUUUAGCUGUCAGGGCUGCUGCUGCUUCCAUUUAUUCAACAUGCAACUUCCUAUCUUCGAUGGAAAACCUACCUUGUUGCUGACAAGACUGUUUGCAACUCCUUGUAUAACUGGAUUAUACUGUACUUUUCACUCUCCUGAUUUGUUUCUACUUAAGUAUUCAAUAUGCAAUGUUGUGGUAUUUGAUGUUGUUAGCUUCAUAACUUAUUUAUAAUUCACUUUGAAUAAAGACCAUAUUCGCAAUGUA